GAAGCUUUUCUUUCAAAACACUGCCGGAUAUAAGGAAGUAAGUCAGCCGAAUGGAGGGAUACAAUUGUUUUACGUUUGUAGCAGAGAAGUUACUGGACAUUUUGGACUAAAAACGCCAGAAACGGACGAUAUAUGAGUGCCAAUAUAUGCUCAGAGACUACUGGAUAUCAAAGCUUUGCCAAAAUCCAUGAAAAUGAUGUAGCUAUAACUUUUGGCUAAUUUCACUCAGGAAACAUGCCUCAUGAAAUCUUCCUAGCUUUUCAUGGCAGUCUUUUUAACUAUGUCAGCUGGACUUACAAUAUCACGCAACGAGAAGCGUCUCUGAAUCAUGAUGUCGGGGGGAAAACCCGGGACCGGUGCUGAAUGUGUAGGGGGUUCAUAGCUUGCUGUCCAGUAUCCAAACAGUCGCCUUCAUGGACGGGUCUGCUCCUGAUGAAGAUGAUGGAGAGCAGGCGGCCGGCUGGAUCAGGAAGACAGACAGGUUGGAUGCUUCAGGAAUGGGAGUAUCAGCAGCAUGGAACCAAUCAAGAAAGAAAUCCAGAGCUGGUGAAGAAGACCUUAUUGAGGACCUUCUGUCUCUGAAGCUGUUGUACCAGGACACAAAGAAACCAGAUACAGAGGCUGGAACAACCAUAUCCAGUGGUGUGAUGUCUGAGAGUCAGACCGAAGUUGUUGAAGCAGACAGGGAUGCUCCCUCUGUGUCUCCCUCCAGCCUCAUGGACACAUGCGGUCCAUCAAUUUCAAGCCUCUCCUCAUCCUCCUACUCCUCCACCCAUCAUCAUCAUCAUCAACAUGCCGACUUUUCUUCAUCCUCGCCUUCCUCUUCAUCGGUUGUGUGCCUUACUCCACCCUUACCUCCCUCUGUGGGAGUCCCAGCUGUGUUGACUGACACGAGACUGACUCUGGAUGUGUACCUGGGAGGAGCAGCGGCACUUCCACUGCUUUGGGGGUCCAUACCAGAGCAGGUGAGAGGCAUUCAGUACCUGAGGUUGGGCUCGGAGGAUAAAUCAGGACUGGAUGAUGCUCUGAAUGUCCUUCCUUACUUGACAGAGCUGUGCUCGCUGGCUAUUAGGGGUACUUUUCUGAUUACAUUUAUGAUGCAAUCUCAUGAUUUUAGAUGCUGUACGUCCUGUUUUUUUCACCGUGCUGUUUCUGCUCUUUUUCUAUUUCUGUAGGACACUGUUUCUUUGACUCCCAAGGUGACCCACUACCUGGCCUCCUCACCUCUCUGCCUUCUUCAUUCUCCUCUCUUUCUCGCCUGGUACACCUGGAUCUCUCCUUUAACCAGCUCUCCUCUCUGCCCUCGUGCCUUCUCAGUCUGCCGCAGCUCUCCUCGUUGCUCCUCUGUCACAACCGCCUCUCAGCUUUGCCUCCUGAUGUAGGCCAGCUGUCCGCCCUCACCUACCUCUCCCUCCUCGGGAAUGAGCUGGUCUCUCUCCCCCCGACCAUUGGUCAGCUGAAGGCACUACAGACACUCGACAUCUCGUGUAACCUCCUUCAGUAUCUGCCUGAAGAUAUUGGCUCUCUGAAGGAGCUGGUUAACCUGGAAUUGUCUCACAACAAACUGAAGCAGCUACCAGAGAGCAUGGGUAAGACUGCAAGGGAGAGUGAAUGUGUCAGUGAUAAACCAUGACGAUGAUAAAACUAGAAUUCUGCUUUAAGUGAGUUUAGUUUCUUAAGUCUGUAAUAAACUUUGUCUACUUUGUUGCCCAGGCGCUCUCCUCUCUCUCAGGAAGCUUGUCAUCUAUAGCAAUGACCUCCGCCUGAUCCCACACAGUGUGAACAAACUGCCUCUGCUGAAAAUAGAUGUACGUGACAAUCCUUUGGGACAACCCCCAACGCCUCCUCCUCUCCCUCCUGCACCUGGUGAGUAGAAAGGGAGAAGGGUGUCUAAUUGAUUGGGGCUUAAAUUAUCUUUACUGUGUUGCCGUCAGAUACAGCGUUUACAUCUGAUGUCAGCACAUUUACUCUGUUUGUUGCAAUGCUGUUUUUUUGCUAGAUAAAGCAGAAACAGGACUUCCUGAGUUGCACCUUGGAUUUUAUCAGCACAGGUAAAGUGACACUCUCAGUAGUGGGCAUUUUUUUUCUGAUCUGCAGCAAUAAUGGUCAGCGAAGUGUAUAAGCUAUAUAACAUUUGAAGACAUUGUGCUCCUUUUUGCUCCUCAGUUUCUGUGUUUCGUCCGCUGGGUGUCAUGUGUUUCUCCCAGGGGGGGCUGAGCUGCUGUUCCCCCCGGGUUGCCUGGAGACAACAAAAACUCUGGAGUGGCUGGAGAAACGACCAGAAAAAAAGUGGGUGCAGCUGGAAGAGCACGCCACCCUCCUGAGUCGUCCACUGGAACUUCGCCCACAUGGAAUUACCUUCUUAAAGGUAUAAAACAGAAGUCUUGUGGAAAUAAAUUUGUCUUGAACCAAUUCCCAUUGGUCCCUCGGGAUAAAGUUCUGCAUAAUAAAGGAUCAGUCUGCCACAAAUACUAACCUGACCUCUUAGAUAACUAGAAUAUGGUAACUGUCUCUUAAUAACUAAGAUAGGAUGUUGAAGAGGUUGAACUCAAGCUUUAAAUUCUAGUUAAAACAACCAUCAGGAGAUGUCUAAGUGUCUGUGUCUUCCUGUUUUAUAGUUUGGGGGUUUAAGGCCAAUGUAGGCAUAAAGUUCACAGAAAGUAUCUCAUAGAUAAAUGAUAUCAAUGGAAAACAAGCAAAAUGGAAUUUUCAAGGUUGAUUUUGAGUAUUAGUGCUUCAUGAUACAGAUGAGUGGUACUGCAUAAAAUGAGAACCUGUAGUCAAACGUUACAGUAUGUUCUUGACAUUCCAACAAUAGACUCCAUCACAGCUAAUUAUUGUAGAUAAAUAUAUAAAACAGCAAUAAAUGGGAUAAUUUACCUUUGGAAAGCUUUUAAAGUUCAUGUAUAUAUUAAAACCACUCACACACAUGCUCUGGUUUCAACUAUAGUAGUUUCAGCAGUGGUUGUUGGUGGGACAAUAAGUGAGAUAGAGUGAGUGGAAACAGUCUAAGGGAAAGACUCACUAGAGCCAAAGACAUGCAUCUUUAAUAGACAGAUAAUUGGUUGACCCCUCAGUUUUUGUUUGACCUUGUAGGGAUCAACAGUCAAGAUAUCUGGGCCUCUCUUGAACUUGUUUCAUUAAAUAUGUUACAGAAGAGUAUCCAGAAAUGUACCGGUGCUCAGACUUGGAGCACUUGUCACAGGGUGUGCUCCUCCAAACUUCUGACAGUGUGUUUUGGUUUGAAAAUGUCAACUUUUAAAUCCCCACAGCCUGUGGAGGUGUGUGUGCCGUAUCAUCGGCCCAGAAGAAGAGAAGUGGUGGUGCAGAAGUUUGAUGGACAGACAUGGAGCAUUCUGCCCACUGUUCUCAGGAGAGGAAGUGAAGGCCACAGCAGUCACCCCGGUGGACGUCCAGCCAGGGUAAAGCACGGUACCUGCAACUCCAAAAAACAAAAAAAAAGAACAUUUUUCACUACAGUUUAAAUAUUUUUUAAGUACAGCCAAAAAUGACCCCUUUGUGUCUGUUUAGCUGGCUUGCUGCACAGUCAGCCAGUUCUCCUGGUUUAUGGCUGUGUCCCGCCCAGGAAAGGACAGUUGCUCUCUCACACCAGCUGGAGCUCUGCUGAUAUCCAGCUCUGAUCCUGGAAUAAAGCUCCAAUUUCCUCCAGACUCCACUGUGCAGACCCGUACUGUAACUUUACAGGUAGUGCUGAGUUGUACAGAAGAUUAUAUCAGGCAAAACUUGUCUAAUCUGCAUCUUAUAAAGCUUUGGUUGCCUCUCUAUGUGCACAUAGGUGCUGCAGGUGUCUGUGUCAGAGGUGCAGGCACUGUGUGGUGAUCCUCAGGCCAGUGUCAGCCCCCUCCUCUGCCUCUCCCAGACUCCCAAUUUACAAUUUCUUCAACCUAUUAAGGUUCAGGUCCCUCUGCCCUCAGGAGUCACAGGUCCAGUAUGCCCUCUUUGUAAAGGUAAAGACAUUUUUGUUAAAAAUAUAAGAAUGUUACAGUAACACUGAAUGCUGCUUCUUUAGGCCAUACGAUUGAUAUGUCCUGUUUACAUCUGCUACACGGAGACCCUACUGCACAAACCUGGACUGAUAUCACAUCUGAGGUGUCUCUCUAUAUCACCCAUCUGUAUGCCAUUUUCUACAUCACCCAUUUCUCUUGGUGAGUUUUUAUCAUUUGUCCCUCUUUCUGUUUGAUCCGUUUAUUUAUAUUGUUGUAAUACAGCUUUGUGUCCACCAUGACAGGUAUUGGCUGUGGUACACAACUCAGCGCUGUGUCAGUGGGGUGGUCAGGAAAGUCUAUCAGAAGCUAAAGCAGUUUAAAGUUCAGUUCAUGGUCCUCCAGAGGAAGACUGAUCCUUCACAAGUGAUGCUCCAGUGUUUACCUGCUAAUAAGGUUUGAAAUUCUACUUCAACUGUGUUAUUAAAUAGAAAUGCCUUUGUAAUGUAACAUGUGUAAAAACUCCAGUUAGUGAUUGUGAUGUUUUCUGACCAGGUGGAAAGCAGAGUGCAGUCUUUAUCAGAGCAAUAUGAUGGACCUCAGCCUUCAGACCUGUGUGACCUGCUGGAAGGAGAGCAGUUUUUUGCAGGCUUUGAGAGAGGCUUAGAUAUCAGCUCAGGUCUGAAGUCCUCUUUGAGGCUCUAUCUUAAAUAAACACGAUUCCUGCUGCUCCUUUUCCUGUCAAGAUUGUAUGAUAUGCUGUGAUGACUCGACAUUAUACUUUCUUGUUUUCUCCAGAGAGACCAGACUGUGUUGGGGGACGCCUUUGUUUUGUGUUUUACUCCAGUUUGAAAAAUCUGAAGGAGGUGUACAUCUGUCCAGCUCAGGGUCAAAAGGGUCCAGUGAGGGGACAAGUAAGACAUAAUAAGUAUCAUAUUACAUAUAUAUGAAGGUGAUUUAUGACCACAAGCAUCCAGAACUUUGAGUACCAGGGACUUCUCUGCGAGGAACUGAAUGGUUCCUGUGCCCCGUUGUUGUCUGUGUUUCUACCGGGGUUAAAGUUGAGGGUAAAUAAUGCAGAUCAGGCCAAUGACAUCCAGGAAGAAUAUCUGGAAAUGAAAUUACUUACACAGCUCUUUAUUCUAGUGUCAGCUGAACUUUAGAAAAAGUUGUCAGAAAUCACAUUGGCAGCAGUUGAGCUGUAUUGAUUAUUAAAUAUAAUCAGGUUACUGGAAACAUUUGAUCUUGUACAGCUGCCCUUUGGUACCUCUACUUGUUUAACUCUCUCUCUGCACAGCUGGUGUCUGUGUGUAAAUUACACAUCAGCCUAUGAUGUAAAAGAUAUAGACUAACCCCCGAAUCUGUUGAAACACCCCAAAGAAUCCCUUAGAUGAGAAAUGUGUACAUUAACAGAGUUAUAAUUCAUGUCUAUACAUCGAUUUAAUGAACUGGUAACAUUAGGUUCAUCAGGCCUUCCUGGGCCAUUCAAAAGUACUACCUUCUGAGCAGGGGCUUUUCAAGGGGUAGGUCUUCUACCCCUGAACUAAUUUUAGACCAGAACUCCUGGGUAAGGCUCCUAGUUUCUGGGGAAAGUUCCUGCGGUCAAAAAGCACCUUUUAAAAGUAAAGUGAAAUGUGUCUGCUGUUACAUUUUCUUGUUGUCUGUCCAUGCUAAGACUGAAUCCUUUUGUCUCUGUUAUAUUAUAACAAACACUAAGUCAGAAUAAACGAGAUUACAAGUACAGUGCGCACACAAAGAACAGGGCAUUAUGAAACAGAGGACAGGACACAACCGAAAACCUCCACAGGGGGGCAAAAAGACUGCAUGAGUUGAGUUUCAGACAAAAAUGACACAUCUUUCCUAAGACACGACUGAGUCCAAUCUGACCACAUACUCACUCCAAAUUACUCCACUGGAAAUGGCAUUAGUUCUAAUGUCCAUAGCCAAUAAUGGAUUACGUAUCAGAUUCAAAAUACAGAGAUAGAAAAUAUUUCUUAGAAAAAUCUAUUUUUUCUGAUGAUAAUCUUUGGAUUUGAUGUCCUAAAUGGAAAAUGACAGCUGAAAAUAUAAGAGUAUUAUCAGUGGGAGACUAGAGCAUGACAGGCAAAUCAUCGCUUGAGGCAACAAGGUAUUACACCAUAACCUCUUUAGAAACAGGAAGUGCCAACAACCAAACAUUUAUUUAGUUGUAGUAAGUUUUCAUUCAGCAGAUAAGCACAAAAAUUUUGAAUGGUCAUUUUCCCAUUAAAAUGACUCAGUAUUUAUUCAAGUAAGAGAAACCAGAGCCCUUGUAAAUGAAGGCAAACAAACAAACAUGGAGGUGUGGUACUUUGAAAUGAUAAAAUACUCAAUGUUUUUGUUACAGGUGUCUUUUUACAGAGGGGAGAUCCCUGAAAACUUACCUGAAGAGGUGGCGAGGAAAAGGAAAGGCCAAGAUAGUCAGUGGCUUGCGACCUUACCACUAAAGCUCCCAGUAAGUUUAACAGACUGAUGCUAUUUCAUUUUUCUGUGUUUCCUAUUUCAACAUUUCAAAUAAACUUCACAUUUAUUGACAUUUUUAGAACAGGUGAAAAUUGACCUAGAAUAUCAGAGGCACUUAUUUAAUUAAACGUGUAUAUAAUGAUGGAAGUGGAUGUUUAACCUUUAGGAGAAACCGUCUUACUCUGUCGUGUCUCUUUUACUUUUCAUUUCACAGGCUCUAAACUCAGAAAAUCAUUUCAUCAUGGAAGAUCUCCAGUAUCCUCCCUUGAACCUGGGUGACCCUGAGAGUGGUUACCUGACAGAAGCCAACCUGCUGUCCAUCUCUCUUCAGAUUGGUCACGACUGGAGAGUUAUUGGCAUCAAUCUCGGCCUGAGCUUCCAGGAGCUUGACCGCAUCCAGUACAAGCACAGGUCAGUAUGAAAAACUGUUGACCUGACCUAAGUUUCUCAAAGUAAUUUGAAUGAAACAGUUCAAUCACUAGUGGGGAUAUUUCCUGGUUUUGACCUUUAACUUUUCAACACAUUUUAUAGUCUUUAUGUCAUGGGGUUAUAUAUUUGUUUGCAAAACAAAAUACUGCAAAUUUGACUGCAAACUUUCCUGUAUUUGACAUUUAAGUGUCUUUUUAGUAACUAUUGUCUUGUUCACAAGAUCACAGAACUUAGCAGGUUAGGUUCUCUUUCAUAUGACUGUACAGAUUAUUUCUAACGGGACUUAAGUAUCACCUCCUACUGGCCUGAUAUAUAUCUAAAGAUAAAGUCUAAAUUCGUAAACCUGUGAGAGAGAUUUACAUAGAUUCCUGUGUGAGUGCGUGUUUCAGUACAACCAAAACCCUCAAGGGAACAAGAUGGAGUGAGUCGUAACGUGACUGACGGAGAGAAAUGGUAGAGAAUUUGAUUGUUUUAAUCUGCACUGUCAGCCAUCACUAAGCCAUCUGGGACACCGCAGGAGAUUACAUACAGACUGAUGCUCAUCUGUCCCUCCCCCCCUACUCCUCAUGCUCAAAAAAACCUCCCAUGACGCAUCCUGGAGGUGGAGGAGAAAUGCUUUCUAUAGAAUCAAAAAUACACACUGCAGCGGGUAAUCUUUGUGAGGGGUUGAAAUGGGAUUCUGUGAAUGUUCUUUCUCGUCUUUCUUUGGAAACACACCACCGACUGCUUGCUGCUGUCGUGAUGUUGAGAAAGAGUCGUAGUAUAAAACCUGAAUAGCCAGUGUUGGUGCAAUCCUCAGUGUACAUCCAUCCAGGUGUUGUAGUGAUCUGGUUUUAUGAGGGAGUAGAGUUGUUUUGAUAUGAGAACCACUUGUUUUAUUACUUUGGUUUAAAUCAAAUCAAUCAUGUACAUUAGCUGUCUUCAAGGGUUGGGGGAAUCUAUACAGUAUUGUUGUUGUUGGCAGUUUUGUAUUGACAAGUCACAUAUACUUUGACAUGUCACAAAGUAUAAUUUUUAGUUAUCACUGCAAACACAAAAUAGGCUUUUAGAAUAAUCUGACAGAAUAAACCUUUUGAAAGAGCUUCAUACCUUUUGUAAAAAUUGCAAUUGCAUUUGGUCCAAAUAUUUAAUUGCACAGCAAUGUAGGCAACACAUAGAGAUGUAUUUGUCAGGUACCUUCAACAUUGAAGGCAUUUUGGUCUUUCAGAUCCAAAUCCCAUUUUAAAUCCCCAAACAAUCACACUGUGACCAGAGCAUCAUUAUAUAAGAACUCCAGUGAUUCCCGCCCCAACUAUCUUAUGUCUUCUCAUUGAUUCUCUGCUUUCCUUACAGGGACAACCUUGGAGCGCUGGUGCUAGACAUGCUGUUCCUCUGGGCUCGGGGUCAGAGGACCGCAGGACCAGGGUCCGUGUCGAGGCUGGUGGAGGCUAUGAUAGAAAGCGGCAGGAGGGACCUGGCUGAUGAGAUUGAGGACAUUGUCAACAUAGGAAAGAGAAAGUAUUCGGAGUCACUGAGGAGAGUGGGACUUGAAGCAGAGAGCUCCUCUCUCAGUGAAACGCAGCAGUAGACAGACUCACACUGAGUGCAGAUGGCUGACCUACAGUUGAGUAACCUGUUUGUUUACAAGUUGCCCUCAUCAUGGUGAUGUCUGCUGUCCAAACAGCUGUCCUUGAAUACCAAAAAGCUCUUUUUUAAAGUAUUGACAACAGCAGUUGGCUGGUGGCCUUUUUUUAAAUUUAUUUUUACCUACGGAAGACAACAGAUAUGAGUGAUCAGCAUGAAUUUAAACACCCAUGAAUAUUUUUAGAGACAUCAAUUUUAAAGAUUGCUAUGAGAGGCACAAUGAUUAGAAGGAAAAAUUAAAAAUCACAGUUCUAAGCAAAAAAUUUUGAUUUUUAUAAAGUAUCAUUAUGUUGAGUAGAACUUUUACACGAAGUGAAAUUUCUGGAUGGGAUUAUUCCAAAAGCACACAAUACUAACUUAUUUUGACAUCAUUUUGAUUAUUUUCACAAGCAAGCUCUAAAAUCAAAGAAUUUCUCUGCUUCUCUUUGUCCUUUUUGUUGGUUAUUAAACCUCUAAAAGAUG